UUAUUUUGUUCUGACAGUGACGUAUUUUCCGGUUUCCUCUGUCAUAUUGGUUUAGCUUCAUGAGUUUAAAGGAAGAAAAAAAAGAAUUCCUCCUUUUUGUACAUAAAUACACACAGUAACUAUAAGGACAUGGCGUGUUCCAGAGUUCCAUUAGAUGAGCAGCGUGUGACAGAAGUGUCAGGACCUCAGGGCAGAGAGAGAACACUACCAGCUCUGCACCCUGAGCGUAAGGAGGAGCGGGGGUUCGUGCCGUACACUCCGCCCCCUGACGAUCACUCAUCUGCUCAGGUGGAGGAGUUUUUGGAGCAUGCUCAGUUCAUCUCGGAGGAUCUGGAGUGGCUCCUCUCUUUACCUCAUGACAAGUUCUGGUGUCAGGUGGUGUUUGAUGAGUCUUUACAGAGGUGUUUAGACUCGUACCUGCGUCUGGCUCCUCGUGGUAUCGACACGUCCUGUCUGUCUCUCUCUCCAGUUGUGUCUGAGGCACAGCACCGUCUUCAUCGCAACGUCUUCUUGGUCUUCCUCAGGAUGGCGACGCACAAGGAGUCCAAGGAGCACUUCAUCACUCCUGCUGUGUUUGGAGAAAUUAUCUACGACAACUUCCUGUUCGACAUUCCCAAAAUCCUGGACCUGUGUGUGUUGUUCGGAAGGGGAAAUUCCCAACUGCUGCACAAAAUGAUCGAGAACAUCUUCAUUCAGCAGCCCAGUUACUACGGCGACCUGGAGGAGACCGUUCCCUCCAUCAUACAGGUCUUUAACACCAUCCUGGAGCGGUGUGGACUGCAGUCAGGAGACGCCGCUGACAACGAACCUCUUAAACUGAACACACUCACAUGCUUCACUGCCAUGACCAUGAGAGAGGAGGAUCUCUCAGACCUGGUGAUCUACCUGUGUGACACCUGCACCACUCUUCACUGCUUCCUGGACAUUUUCCCUGAAGCGUGUAAAACCUUUCACAGACAUGGUUUCCUCAACAGACUCUCCUCUUUCUAUGAGGCAGCGGUGCCUGAUAUGGAGAGAGCAGUGAGGAAGAGGAGCUUCAAUAAAUGCGUACAGGAGGAUCUGUGGAGGAGAUUGUCUCACUCCCGCAGGAGAAUGGUGGAGAUCACACACACACUGCUCCAACACACCUGUCUACAGCCCAUACUGGAGGGCUCUGAGAACACGGCCGCUCACGUGGAGGAUUUUCUCCAAACCUUCACAACAUUCCUGCAGGAGAAACGGUUCCUGGCUGAUUAUGAUGAGGUAUAUUCUGUAGCUGAGGACAUCAGUCUCCUUCAGCAGGCAUUUCCUCACCUAGAUGACACUCGGACCUCGUACCUGCUGCAUGGCGUUGAAUCUGCGUGGGAGAGCGCGGGAAAAAAAAGACCUCACACUGUGUCAGCCAAUCUCAGUGCAGAAUCCAGCAGCAAGGCAGGCUGGGAUGCACCAUCCUCCCAGAACAUGGCAGAUGAAAAGGGGGUGGAGCUGAAAGGGGCAGAGUGUGUGAUUGACAUUCCUCAAAAGGGAGAUAAUGGGGCAGUGUGCAGUGUGAGUUCUGGAGCGCUGGAGUCUCUGCUCUCUCACAUCAGAGACUUGCUGCCGGAUUUAGGGGAGGGGUUUGUGAUGUCUUGCCUGGAAACGUACGGCUACGACGGCGAACUAGUCAUCAACAACAUCCUGGAGGACCGACUGACUCCUGAGCUGAGGAACCUCGACAGGAACAUGCCCAGACCGGUGAAGGAAACUCCACCCCCAGUGCUCAGCUCCAGAUCCAAUGCGUUUAAUGAUGACGAGUUUGAUGUGUUUUCCCGGGACAAGGUGGACAUGAGCCGUGUGUGGAGAGGCAGGAGACAGGGGGAGAGCGUGCGUGAAAUGCUCAAUGACAAACAGCACAUUAACGAUCAGAGAGACAGAUAUCGCUCCUACCAGACGGUCGUGGAUGAGGUUCCCGUAGUGACGGACCAGUCCGGUAACCAAGGCAACGCUUAUCUCUUGGAUGACUACGAUGACGAAUACGACGACACGUACGACAUCAACCAGGUGGGAGCCAACGACCUGGACGAGGACGAUGAGCUGCUGAACCGCAGGCCGUUUACCAUCCCUCAAGUGCUCAGAACAGGAAGAAGGGAGGAAGAGGAGGAUGAAGGAGAAGAGGAGAGAGAGGAAGAGGAGAAGGAGUCAGCAGUAAAGCGGGAUCAGUUCGUGCAGGACCCAGCCGUGCUGAGAGAGAGAGCAGAGGCUCGACGAGCUGCCAUGCAGAACAGGAGAGGCUACAGAGCUCCACCCGCAAGCAACGUGAUGGGCGGAACGAAGGGGCGGGGCCAGACUCAGGAGACGCUCCUGGAUCGCCGCAGGAAGGAAGCGAACAAGGGUCGAGGAGCCAAUCACAGUCGCCGAACGAUGGCAGACAGGAAAAGGAACAAAGGCAUGAUCCCGUCAUGAUGCGCUUCCGUUGCCAUGGCGAUAUGCAUUGUUGUGUAGUUGCCAGAACGUUUUUUUUUUGUUUUUUUUGUUUUUUUUAAAAACCAACUGGGAGACAGGAUUAUGUCCUGGUCCUGAUCCUGUGAGACUGAAAUGCAACCAAACCACCGCCACAUUCUUUUUUUUAAAAUUUUAUUUAAGGAAAAGAAUUUGAUUUAAAGUAAACUGAUGAAUAUCAGUUGUAGCGCUGGAGAACCAGACCAACCAUGUCCUUUAAUAACCAAUAGAUAAAUCCAUUAAAUGAAUACAUUUAAAACCAGAUGAAGCUGAUUUUAAAGCAGCUUUAAGCACUUUCUCGCUUCCUCCAACAAUAACUCCGAAUCACUGAACACAAUUACGGGGUUGUCCUUGUCUUCUCAAAUCGGGACACAUGAUGCUCAUUCAAAGGCUUCCCUGACACACCUCCUCCACUCAGGAGCUUGGCUCCGCCCCCUACACAGGCCGCCUCCUACCUCGGAUUAAAGUAACCUUGGCAACAAUAUUGUGAUUGCUUUGAGGUGUGUAACUGAUUAGUAAACAUUUUUACAUUAAACACUUCAGCUAAUCAUCAGGUGAAGUAACUGUGUGUGUGUGUGAGUGUGUGUGUGUGUGUGAGAGCGAGAGAGAGAGAGAUUCACCUGAGAACUUCCAUUUUACAGCAAAAGCAUUCUGGGAUAUGAUGUAGCGAUAAAAUUCAAACUGGAAAUAAUAAAUACUGUUUUGAAGACUUUA